GCCAUUACUCAUUGGCUGAGGGUGUCAUUUAUGAGAAUUGUCUCUUGAGUGAGUGCUCUUAUUAAUGUCUUUGGCUGUUGGACUAGUUUCAAGUGCUUCUACUUCAAAAAACAUGGGAUUUGAUGAAAACAAAAAUGAGGGUGCUAAAGAAAAUGAAGAUGAAAACAAGACAGUUGGGGCUGAACCAGAGGCUGAGAAUGGUGGUUCAGGAGAGGAGAAGUUGACUAGGCAAAUUAGUAGGAGCUCUGUGGAUGCUUCUGAUCAUGAUGAAGAGGAUGAGGAAGAUGUUGAUGGCAAAUUACAGUUGGGUCCUCAGUGCAGUCUUAAAGAGCAGUUUGAGAAGGAUAAGGAUGAUGAGAGCCUGAGGAGAUGGAAAGAACAGCUGCUUGGAAGCGUGGAUAUCGAUUCUGUUGGAGAAACUCUGGACCCAGAAGUUAAAAUUCUCAGCCUUGCAAUCAAAUCCACUGGAAGAUCUGAUAUUGUUCUUCCAAUUCCUGAGUCUGGUAAUCCAAAAGGUCCAUGGUUUACUUUGAAAGAAGGAAGCGUUUACAGCCUAAAGUUCGAAUUUAAGGUCUGCAACAAUAUUGUAUCGGGCCUUAAAUACCAUAACACUGUUUGGAAAACUGGUCUUAAAGUGGACCGGACUAAAGAAAUGAUUGGGACAUUUAGUCCUCAGCAAGAGCCUUAUACGCACGAGAUGCAUGAAGAAACAACUCCUUCUGGCAUGUUUGCCAGAGGAUCAUACACUGCCAAAUCAAAGUUUCUUGAUGACGACAAUAGAUGUUACCUAGAGAUCAACUAUACCUUUGAUAUUCGGAAAGAUUGGCAGUCAAUAUAAAAUGAGAAUUCUCACACCUUAACUGUAUUCAAGCAUACUUGCUCUACUUUUCAUGCUGAUUUCUCAUGGAGAUAGCUAGGAUGACAAAUUGCAAAGAAGACAUAUUGUCCAAAUUGACCGAAACUGCAGAGAUCUCAGAGUUUCGUUUGUUGUUGGUCAAUAGGGUAUCUGCCUCUAUAUUCUAUCACUGUUGCAUUUCUUGGUAUAAUUGCAGUUCAGAUAUACUGAUGGCUUUGUGAUAGAAUUUCUAUUAGGAUUUAGGAGAGUACUAAACAAUGAUUCUGUUUCAGACAGCCUGAACUCUGUCCUAAAACACAAAAAAGUCAGAUUAAUAUAUGCUUUAGUGCUAGGGAAUCAUCUAACCAUGAUUCUUAAGGACACUUGUUUCACAA